GGGCCAGGCAGGAGCUCUGGCAGCCUGAGACCCGGCGCCCUCGGUCCUCCCGUCGGUGCGCAGUCUCCCGUCGCCCCUGGCAUGGCCGCGCUGGCCCUUGCGCCCCGGACUUUCUGGCUGCUGCUGCUGCUGCUCCUGCCUCCGCCUCCGGGGGCCCGUGGUGAGGAGUGCACAACUGCCCUUGGAGGCAACUCGUUCCCCAAGCUCUGUCCUGAUUUCUGCUGUGGCUCCUGUUCCAACCAAUACUGCUGCUCUGAUGUGCUGAAGAGACUUGUGUGGACCGAGGAUGAGUGUGCUGUGCCCGAGGCCAGUUUCCCCACCCCCACAGAGCCUUGGGAGCAGCUUGGCUCGGCGCUGAGGUUUCGGUCCAGCUUUGACAGCGACCCCAUGUCAGGGUUUGGAGCAACUGUAGCCAUCGGCCUGACCAUCUUUGUGCUGUCUGUCGUCACCAUCAUCAUCUGCUUCACCUGCUCCUGCUGCUGUUUGUACAAGAUGUGCCGCCGGCCGCGUCCCAUCGUGACCACCACCACGGCCACCACUGUGGUGCACGCCCCUUACCCUCAGCCUCCAAGUGCACCCCCUAGCUACCCUGGACCGACGUACCAAGGCUACCACCCCAUGCCUCCCCAGCCGGGAAUGCCAGCAGCACCCUACCUGACGCAGUACCCACCACCCUACCCGGCCCAGCCCAUGGGGCCUCCAGCCUACCAUGAGACCUUGACUGGAGGUGCAGCUGCCAGUCAGCCUCCGUACAACCCGGCCUACAUGGACCCCCCGAAAGCAGCCCCCUGAGUGUACCCCACCUCUGUGGGUGCCACUUGAUUGUGUGUGUGUGUGUUAGGUAUGUGGGCACAGUUUUUACUACUCUAUGUACAUUGUAUGUGACAUGUGGCUUCCUCUGAUGUCAACCGGGUGGGCUGGGACCAAAUUUUGUUUUCUUUGCUUGAAAUUAUGCUUCCUGAAAUCUCAAGCAAAUUUGAAGAACGGAGUGGGCAGUCUUCCCCAGCUCACCCCAGGGUGUCUAGGUACCACCUGUCACACUAAGUUAGCAUAGCUUUUUGGGGCAUCAUUCACAUGUCCUGGUUGUGGGAAUGGCCAGCCAGUGCUGGAGGCCAUGGCUUGUCCCCAGGAGCUGGGGUGCCCUUCGCUAGGCAGGCAAGUGGCAAAGCAGCAGGCUCUCCCAAGGCCCAGUCCCCUGGGCAGAUGUCUGUUGGUCCCUGUGCCAUGCUUGGUAGAGGGUUGGUCAGCUCCUGGGGUGGGAACACUCAGGCCGGCCUCACCCACCCGACAGCUCCCUGUCCCUGCAGCCUGCCUGGGACUGCCUGGGUGGCCAGUGCACUCCAGUUCUAGCAGCUCAUGGCGAAGCUUUCCUGCCCUUGCUGAACUGGCCCUGCUGCAGGUGGGCAGUGGGGUCUCUGUCCACCAACACACUCAGGUCUCCUCCCUGCAGUGUUUCUGUGUUACUUUUGGCCAAACAUUUGGCCUGUUUUGUUUUAAAAUGUGAUAGCUGAUGUUAGGCUUUGAAAUGUGUGGAGAAUAGAUCUACAGAACAGAGGGACAACCUGACCUCGGGUAGUCCCUGCUUGCCCCAACAGCAGCCUGGUAGAAUAUCCAACUCCAGUACCCAGGUCACAGGUUGUCCCGGCAGCAGGGACACCAGGGCCAAGGGGCUGUCCGGACCAAGGCGGGUGGUGGGCAAGGGGGUGGGGGGCCUGGGUGGCAUUUCUGGCCCCAACUUGAAUACCUCGGCGUUCCCUAUCACUGUUAAUGUCUUACCAGCUGUCUUAGCUUUGUAUCUGUUGUGUUUCUGAGAUUCUGGGCUCUGCACCCUUGUUUAUAAUAAACCAAAACAUUUGGA